UGUGCUGUGUGCCUGCUCGCCUUCUCUGCUGCACAAUCCAACAUGGAGUAAUGAGAGAUGGGGCUCGUACGGGGCCACCCUCAGCAACAUCAACCGCGCAUUUAGCACUACAGCCAGGUCGGAAUACAUGCAAAUGCUCUUUACAGGGGGGAACGAAAAAAAAAUAAAAUAAACGAAAACAAUAAAAUAAGCAAGGGUUAUUUACUCGCGUCUGCAGAUUUGGCGUCAUUCACAAUUUUCAUCAGCAAAUGAUUAGCUCCGGAGGAAAAAAACAGAUAGACGAAAAGCCAUCAGGAACGGAGGGACGAAGAGGAGAAAACAAACAGAAACAAAAACAAACAGAAUACGGAAAAAGUGCGAAACAAGUGACAGUAGUAGUGUGAUAUGUAAGAGGUUUAUUUUUUUGGGGGGGGGAGGAAGGGUGGCAAGAAAAAAUGACGAACGAAAAGAGUGCACCCUUUGUGGGAUUUUGUGCUAGGUGAAAAGAAAAAAUGAUUGCAGAAACACACCCAAACGAUGACAGUUACAUCGUACGCGUCAAAGCGGUGGUAAUGACCCGAGAUGACUCGAGUGGGGGUUGGUUAGCACAGGAGGGUGGAGGGCUCAGCCGAGUCGGUGUCUGCAAGGUGGCACCCGCUGAGCUGAGUGGCCACAGUGACUUCCUCAUCCAUGGAGAGCGCCUCAAAGACAAGCAGGUGGUCCUGGAAUGUUUUGUGAGGAAAGAUCUUAUCUACACCAAGGCCACUCCCACAUUUCAUCACUGGAAGGUUGACAACAAAAAGUGUGGCCUCACGUUCCAGAGUCCUGCUGACGCCCGUGCUUUUGACCGAGGGGUACGGAAAGCCCUGGAGGACAUAACAGAAGGUUCCACAACUUCCUCCUCAACACUCCAGAAUGAAGCUGAACUAGGAGAUGACGAUGUUUUCACAACCGCCACUGACAGCUCAUCCAACUCAUCCCAGAAAAAGGAGCAGAGCAUGCAACCACUGACCACCUCCACCUUCUAUGAACCACACCAGCAUCACCAUCACUACAUUCUGGGUCACUUCCAUGAGCAGUACAGGACCUCAGAGCGCUACUUUCUGGACCAGGCAGCACCCAGGUUGGCACGGCGUGUCAGCUUCCUAGAUGAUGAGGAGGAGGUUGUGCGCAUAAACCCACGUGAGCGAGCUUGGCUCUCAGGUUAUGAAGACUACCGGCAUGCAGCAGCGCGUGCUCAGGGUCUUAACUCGUAUGUGCACUUCACCAAGGGCGAUGCACCAGCCAAGCAUGAGUACAGCUAUCCGGAUGCACCGGGCUCAGAAUUGAGCAAGGGCCCUCGUCGAGGUUCUGGGGGUGGAGCUGUGGUUUCGCAGCCAAUCAGCUUCAAAAACAAGGAGGAUGAGGAAGAGGGUUUGGGUGAGCGUCGACAUUGUGUCUAUUGUGGUGUUUUUUUCCGGCAUGAGGAGAAUGGCCGUGGACGCUGCCCUGAUGCUCCAGAUCCGGCACGCUCGUGUAUCCGACGCUUCAGCUGCAUGUGGUGUGCAGAUAGCCUGCUCUACCACUGCAUGUCGGAUCCGGAGGGCGAUUACUCUGAUCCCUGUUCAUGCGACACGGCUGAUGAACGUUUCUGCCUGCGCUGGCUUGCCCUAGUCGGCCUCGCGCUACUCGCGCCCUGCCUCUGCUGUUACCCGCCGCUGCACGUCUGUCACAGAGGUGCCGUGGCCUGUGGCUGCUGUGGUGGGAAGCACAAGGCCGCUGCAUAACCCCUGACACUGAUCCUGCCCAAACUAUCACGUUGAACGUACCCAGAUAAAUUGAGGCAUUGCGGAAGGCAACAGGAGGCAGGAAGAACGUUCAUGUCUUUUCAGAUUUUUAAAAAGUCUGUCUCAAUUCCUUCUCCAGCCAGACAAAAAUAACAAAAAUGGUGCAUUUAACUGGAUUGAAUAUAUAUAUAUAUAUAUUUUUUAAAUAUAAAUAUGAAUAUAUAUUAUAUAAAUGUGUACGUGCGUGUGUGCGUUCCUGUGUAUGUUUCCUUUUAUCAUCUUCUGGACAUUCUCUUCAGUUCCUUGUGAAAAAAUGGCUCUUGUUUUUUUUCAGGUGGCCCCUUUGGAGCCAACUUGUUAAGCAUUACUUAUGCAGGUACUUUAUAUUUUUACACUGAUUUCAAGAACUUGAAUUCUUUAUUUUUAAUGGUGCACUCGAUUGCAGAAUCAGUUGUUUGAUUUUGGGUUUGUUUGCCAUAGCCAGCUAAGUGGGGCGUAAUCUAUCUGAAACCCUCCAAGCUUACUAAAUAAUAACAGUGAGUUUAGCUUGAGACACUAAACCUGUAGUGAGGUUCACAGUGUGCGCUUGAUUGGGACUGUUUGUGUGUAAUAGUGCAGAAGCCUGCAUGUGCAUUGUAAAGGAAUGAGAACAUUGUAUUACAGCAUAGUAUUGUUAUUGUAUUUAAGCCAAAUUAACAUAAGCUGCAGUGUGAGUAUAUGUAAAUACUGUAUACUCUCAUGUAUAUGUUUAAAAUUGAUUAUAUCAUCCACAACCACAUUUGUGGACUUUCCUUUCUGUUGAUUAAAAUAGUGGAUAAGGAGCUCUUUUAAAUGACUAUGAUUGAUAUCCAAAGAUUGUUUAUUGGUUUUUUUUUUGUGUGUGUGUGUGUGUGUGUGUGUGUGUGUGUGUGUGUGUGUGUGUGUGUGUGUCAUAUUUAUUUUCUUGAGUCACCAGCCAAAGAGAGAAGAAAUAUGGACAUAGAGUUUGGUUUUUGAACUAGAAGCCUGGUCAUAUGAGAGAGUAGAAGGAGCCCAGUUGGAACAGUGUAUAUUAUGCUUGGAAUGAAAUGCAUAACGAGUAUCUGUUUCCCCACUCCGACAUGUGGCUUUUAACACUUUAAAACUAGUGGAAAAAGUUUAUUUUUCUUAUUUUCAAAACUAAUCCUGCUCUAUAGGAAGCCUAAAAGAACAGGACACCUAUUAGAGGGACAUUUGCCAAAAUGAUCUCUAAUGUUGCGCAAAGCCUUAAUUUUGGUUAAAAAAAAAAAUUAUGGCAAUUUCAUUGUGUCUCCACGACGUUUACUGAUAAGACAGACACACAUUUUUGUGAGUUCUUUUAAAUCAAGAGAAAGUGAAGCAUAUUUUUGUAAUGCAUCAAAUAUGAUCACAUCAAAUGAGCCUUUUUUAAUUAAGAGAAUGUGUUUAAAAAUGUAGAAGGACAUUGUAGGGAUAAAUGGCAUCGUACAAUCUGUGAGGCAGCUCCGGUACGCGUGUAUAAUCUGUCUCAGACAUAAUCUGCUCAACCCCAUGAAUGACAUUGCAAUCAUCCAGACACUGUUCAUAUAAAUCAUCCAAUGAAGAAAUACUAUCCAGUUUAGCUAGUAAAGCUGUAUGUGCACGAUUCUGUCUUUGAAUGUACAUGGCUAUUACUAAUGUCUGCCUUUAAACCAUAUAACAUUCAACUUGCUCAUGUGAGCUACACUCUCAGUCAUAGAGUGUGUCGUGUUAGUACAUUACAAACGCAACUGUGUCUCACUGUAAAUGUAGAAUGUCUGUCUGUACAUGGGAGGUUAGGGAGAUGCGUCACUGUAUCCUUCAUCCACAGCACAUCCUUUUUGGCUCUACAUAAGCUUUGGCAAUACUGAAUAAACAUCAUCUUCACUAAGAGCCCGUGAUACCUGUGGUUUAAAAACAAAAAACACAAGUCGUCGUCUGUACAUCUGUCACUGUGCAGUCUACUACGCACAUUUUACAUGUUUAAAAAGUGCCUGAUGCAUAUUGUUAAUCUGUUUCCUUAUAUACUGAAAGAAAGAUUAAAUAAACCCUAUUGUAUUAAUUAGUUUUGUUUUUUUACAAUAAGAAUUUUUACCUCUGUAAAAAGCAAAGAAAUCUAUAUCAAAUGUAUGAUGUACAUUUUUAUUUCUUUAUUAUUAUUAUUAUUAUUAUUAUUAUUAUUAUUAUUAUUAUUGUUGUUAUUGUUUCUGAUAUGUAUGUUCAAUGAAGCUCUUUGCUUUUGAGAGGACAAAAUAAAGUACUUUGUAAAUACAGGUAGAUUGUGUCAGAACUAUCAGAAGUGUGGCCUGGCCAGUAAGUAUUUCUACAUGUGUGUCCUAGUUCCCAAUAAAAAUAAAACAGAAAUUCA